CCGUUCACAACUAUGGAAAUAAACAUUUAAAAUCUUGUAGUUUGCCCAUAUUUGUGUUGCGUUUGACGUCAUAUGAUUCUACUUCCGCGCAAAAAUGAAGCUAUCCAGGUGAGAUUUGCCACCUACCUCUACUGCGCAUGCAUGCAUGUGCAAAAAAACAUGUUUUCAGUGUUCUAACUGUCGAAGGAGAGUGGAGUCUUAAUACAAAAUAAUCCAGUAUUAAUGUAUUUUGUCAUUUAAUAUACAUGUUUACACGACACCCUAUUCAACGAUGACAUUUACAAUGUAUGAUGCUUUUCCUGAACAUGGUAAAAGCAUCACUUGAUAUAAUGAAAGGUAGCUUUUUUCAGCCUUUUACUUAUGCUAUCUUUAAUUAUCAAGUCUUAAUGUAAUGCUGCUUCAAAAAUCGCUAUUGUCAUCGUCAUCGUUGAAUAGGUUGAAAAAAAGCUAUCUUUCAUUAUAUCAAGUGAUGCUUCAUGCUGUUAAAAACGCCAUGUUUGACAUGCUACGUGCCUCUGAAUGUGACUCUCCUUCAAAACGGACGCAUAUUUCGACGUUUACGACAGCUGUUGCACAGUAGCGUGGGUGGCAAAUCUCGACGAGGACGCACUUCUCGUCAUAUUUUACACAAGAGGAGCAAGUACGGUCAUUAUUCUGGAGCGUUCUGAGGAGCUGAAAAAGAUUAUGACGGCCGAAAGCAACACUGUUGCCGCCAAUAGAGCGAAGGAGGACUGCUGGCGGAAAAUUGCUGAGCGUGUGAAUGUGUGAGCGUUUUCAUUCAUUAACGCUCAACAUUGUGCAACUUUGACACGCUAACCCUUAUCCAUUAAAAAAUUACAACUGGAGCAACAACGGUCUUUUUUUCAUCUUUGACCUAUGUCUGUGUAACCCGCCCUGCUUCACACUGCCCGCUCCGGGGCCCGAACACAGGACCUUCGUGAUGGGAGACGAGCGCUGACCACACGGCCAAAAGGCGGGACUGUCGACUGCGUGUUCAGUGCAGCUCUCAAGGCAGAGGGAAUGAGACGUACAGUAGAUGAUGGACCCUGAAGUGUCUCUGCUGCUGCACUGUGCAACCUGGCGGGGGCUGAGGCAGUCACAAGUGCAGGUGGAGCUCUCUGAAAGGUAUAAUCGUCAGACGGACGCAGCUCUUGAACGUCACAUCGAGGAGGUGUGGGCGGCACGGGUGUGCAAGGAGCCGUGGCUUUUCAACGGCGCCAAAUUCAGGCUGCACUCUUUCCACUUGGCGUCACCUUUGAGUCAGUCACCUGCCGCGGAGCUCUCACGUUGCACUCAGUCAUUCCAAGGCUCUACAGAGGAGAAGGGAAGCGUUGAGCCAAUGCAGGUGCCGCUGCUCACGCUGAGAGUUGGACUCACCUCCUACAAGGACUACCUGGGGACCAACUGGUCCGCCCAGGUGGCAGAGCUCCGUGGACGUGGUAAGGCGGACUUCGGCAGUAGCGAUGCCCUGCUGGCCCAACCGUUAGGCGUGGGCGCCAUCAUGUGCACUGGCGACAAACAGGUGGUGUUGAUCAGGCGCAGCCAGAAGGUAGCGGAGGCGGGCGAGAAGCUGGACAUUCCCGGUGGUCACCCAGAACCAAAGCUGGUGUGUGAGAGUCUGGGUGAGGAGAAGAUCACCAUCAACCUGCUACAAAAGCGUCCGGAAGCUGUUGUGUCUGAGCUGUUCUUAUCUGUGUGUGCUGAGAUUAGAGACGAGGUGAACGUCCCGCUGAGUUCCCUCGGAGAGCCUCUGCUGAUGGGCGUCGCCCUGAAUCACACCAGUGCCGGGAGACCGAGUGCAGAGUUCUACGUCAGUUGUUCGCUGUCAUCUGCUGAAGUCAAAGCGCUGUAUUGGAAAGGAGGAGCUGAGGCCAGUGAGUCCACCGACAUCGUCUUCCUCAGCAGAGCGGAGGUGUUGGGGCUGGACAGAGGCAGCCCCCUGUGGUCGGAGCUGUGUCCUUCCGCCAAAGGAGCCGUGCUGCUUUACCAAAGUGUGAAGCCUGGCGUGGAAACGAAAGGCCAACAAAGCAAUGCUCAGAGAUCACAUUAGGCAUGAUGGGAAGCUCUGCUUGAACACUUUUGAGCUUUAUUACUCCUGUCAAGAGUGCUAUGCAAAGAGUAUUCAUUAUUCCAAACUGUCCAUUUAAAACUAUUCAAAUAUUUUCAAUAAAACCCUUUUUUAAAAAAAAACAACAAAAAACGGCAGUUUUAGUCAUAGUUUGUCAAAAGUCAACACCGAUUGAACACUUUUAUUGCAUAGAUACGACUAGAGAUGCACGAUAUCUUUUUGUUUUUGUUUACCAAACAGAUACCGUAACUUUUAAAAAAAAUACAACCUCUGUCAAAAACAAGGGAAUCACCAAUCUCUGGAUGUUCAUUCAGUUGUUUCAUUCUGUAGAGAAAAAGCAG